ACUAUAGCCAACAUAGUUCUAAUGCCUUCAUUUUGGAACAUUAUUGUGUUUUGCUUAAAGGUUUCAGGUCCCCUAGUUCGUGUGCUUCGUUUGGUUGAUGGUGAAAAAAAAGCUCUUAUGGGAUACAUCUAUGAGGCCAUGAAUAGAGCUAAGGAUGCAAUUGUGAGAAGUUUUAAUGGAAAUGAAGAGAAGUACAAAGAAAUCUUCAACAUCAUUGAUAAGAGGUGGGAGAUUCAGCUUCAUCGGCCUUUGCAUGCAGCAAGGUACUUUUUGAACCCGGAAUUCUUCUAUGAUAAGCCAGAAAUAGAGCAUGAUACCGAGAUUAUGAGUGAUUUGUAUAAAUGCAUCUUAAGGCUAACAAGAGACCCUGCUAAGCAAGAAAAAGUUGUGGCCGAAGUGAGUUUGUUCACAAAUGCCCAAAGACUAUUCGGGAAUGAGUUAGUUGUUAGGACAAGAAAGACUAGAGCACCAGCUGAAUGGUGGGCUGCAUAUGGAGCUUCAGCUCCAAAUUUGCAAAAGUUUGCAAUGAAAGUCCUCAACUUAACAUGCAGUGCAUCAGGUUGUGAACGAAAUUGGAGCAUCUUUGAAAAUGUGAGUGACCAAAUCCAAAAUAAUUACAAGUAAUAGUCUAAUAGAGUCUUGAAUGUAACUUAAAAGUUAAAACUUUAAAAUAUAUUUACGAGCUUAUGAAUUUUUGCAGAUUCAUAG